AUGGACGACUUGGGUGCGAUCGUGUUGGAUAAUGGAUCGGGGUUAGUCAAAGUGGGCUUUUCUGGCGAAGACAUGCCCCGCGGGACAUUCCAAACGUCCUUUGGACAGGUGCGGAACCCCGACUGGCUCGUAUCGCACAACGCUGGGGUCAAGCCAGAUCGAGAAUACUUUGUCGGAAAGGAAUGCCAUGCAGUCCGCGAGCACUUGGACAUUGUGGACCCGAUCCAACGGGGCGUCGUCACGGACUGGGACGCCAUGGAGAAAGUAUGGGAUUAUACGUUUGAGCACGAAAUGCGCAUGAACCCAGAAGCGAUCAGCAUGCCAGUCCUGUGCACUUGGUCAUCGCCAACUCCCAAGGCGCAGCUGGAAAAGACGGCGCAGAUCAUGUUCGAGUCGUUCAAAACGACAGCGUUCUACAGCAUGCAGCAAUGCGUGUUGUCCCUGUUUGCGUCGGGUCGCACUCGAGGCUUGAUCAUUGAAGCUGGCCAUGGUUCAAGUCAUGCAGUACCGAUCUUUGAAGGGUAUGCCUUGCCCCACGCGACGCUCCAUUUGGGCAUUGGCGGGUUCGACAUCACCAAGCACUUGGAGCUGCUCCUGAAUCGACAUGGCCAUGCGCUCAAGUCGUUUUCGCACACGAUGUUUGCAGACUUGAAAGAAAGUCACUGCUACACUCCCCCCAUGACCCCUCCUGGUAUGAUCCACAGCAACAACAGCUCCAAGCCGUAUGAACUGCCCGACGGGACGGUGAUCUCGAUCCACCCUGACUGUCGCACUAAAGCCACGGAUAUCCUCUUCCAUCCGAAUCAACUUGCGGACGACCACCCUGCCAAACAUGCAAAGAGUCUGCCGGACUUGGCCUGUCAAGCCAUCUCCAUGUGUGACAAAGACUUGCAAAAGGAUCUGAGGGCCGCUGUCGUCCUGGCAGGUGGUACGACCAUGAUUCCAGGGCUAGCCCAUCGCUUGCAUCAGGAGCUGCAGACCAAGCUGAGCGAGUCCGACAUACGAAUCGUACCAGACUAUAAUUCACGGGAGCGAGGGUACAACACACACCGCAAGAUGGCAGCGUGGAUCGGCGGCAGCAUGUUUGCGUCGCUCCCCACAUUCAAGGACAUUCAAAUCACGCGUCAAGAGUGGGAAGAAUACCACGAGAGCAUCAUCGACCGCAAGUGCUUUUAG